GAUUCGCAAUUCAGUUUGCGUAUGACUUCGCAAAUGUUAGCAUCGUUAUAAUUUAACAACGUUAAAUUUAAAAAAAACAUUUAUCAUGAAUACUUCAAGUAUAUCAAUUUUUUCAUUAUUAUUUUCAUUAAUUUUAUUAAUUGUUUCAUUUAUUGUUUAUCAAAAAAUUACAAAACCACAAUUAAUACCAGUUUAUGAAGAUACUUGGUGGGGUCCUGCUAAAAAUAAUCAUCAAAUUAUUGAUAAAUCAAUUAAACCAUUUAAAAUAUUAUUUACUGAUAAUGAAAAAAAUGAUUUAAAAAAUCGACUUAAAAAUACAAGAGAUUUGAUAGCUCCUUUAGAAGGAACUGCUUGGACUUAUGGUAUAAGUGGUACAUUUCUUAAAAAUACAAUUAUUAAAUAUUGGCUGAAUGAUUACGAUUUCGAAAAAAGAAUAAAUAAGCUAAAUGAAUUUCCACAGUACAAAACAAACAUACAAGGUUUAAAUAUUCAUUUUAUUCAUAUAAAAUCUACAAACAAUGAAAAAGGAAAAAAAAUAGUACCAUUAUUAAUGUUACACGGUUGGCCAGGCUCAAUAACUGAAUUUCAAAAAAUAAUUCCAAUUUUAAAUAAAUUAAAAAAUAAUGAAAAUAUUAUAUUUGAAAUAAUAGCACCAUCACUUCCAGGUUUUGGUUUUUCUGAUGGUGCUGUUAGACCUGGUCUUGGUAGUCCACAAAUUGCUGUUGUAUUAAAAAAUUUAAUGUUAAAAUUAGGAUUUGAUAAAUUUUACGUACAUGGUGGUGAUUGGGGAGCAAUUAUAAGUGCUCAAAUGUCAUCAUUAUUUCCCAACAAUGUAUUGGGUAUGCAUUCAUCAAUGUGCACAGCAUCAUCAUUAAAAAAUACAUUUAAAACAUUGUUGUACAGUUUGGCACCAUCAUAUUGGCUUGAUGAAGAUUAUGCAUUACAAAUGAAACCAAUAAUGGAACAAAUUAAAGAUAGAUGGAUUGGAACUGGUUAUUUACAUGCUCAAGCAACUUAUCCUGAUACAGUUGGUGUUGGUCCAAGUGAUUCACCAGCAUCACUUGCUGCAAUAAUACUAGAAAAAUUUUCAUUUGGCACAAAUCGUUUGAAUAAAUUUAAAGAUGAUGGUGGGCUAUUAGAAAAAUUUACAAUGGAUGAAUUACUUGAUAAUGUUAUGAUCUAUUGGAUACCCAACAGUAUGACAACAGCAAUGAGAAUUUAUGCUGAAUCAUUGAAUUCUCAAACAAACUCAUUAACAAUUAUGUGGCCAGUUGAAGUACCAAGUGCUUGUAUACAAUUUCCAGAUGAAAUUAUUUAUCAACCAAGUGAAUUUUUAAAAGAACGUUUUAUAAAUUUAAUUCAAAUAACAAGAAUGCCAACUGGUGGACAUUUUUCAUCACUUGAAGAACCAGAAAUAGUUGCAAAUGAUAUAUUAAAUUUUAUAAUAAAAGUUGAAAAAUUAAAAAAAUAAAAAAAUUAAAUUUUA